UUCCGUCAGCUUCCCCUUUGACAGUCUGUAAUUGUUCGCAGCGCCUCACUGUGGUAGAAUCUCAUGACAUGCUUCGUAAGUUCAUCACAUUUUUAAGAGCUAAAGAUCGAUGCCGCGAUGUCUGUGAGAGUUUAGAAGGAAGCCAUACGCUGUGUCUAAUGGGCAACCUCCUGCACCUGGGCUCCCUCAGCCCCAGAGUGUUGGAGGAGGAGACAGAUGGGUUUGUGAGUUUGCUCACGCAGAUGCUGUGCUACUGUCAGAAGUACGUGACCCAGAAGAAAUCCAACCUGACCCACUGGCACCCCGUCCUUGGCUGGUUCUCCCAGUCGGUGGACUAUGGGUGAGUCCCGGGGCAAAGCCCUGCCCUUCCUGCCUCCCCUGCCUCUCCCCCACCUCGCCCUUCUUUCUUCAUUU